AUGUUUUUUUUCCAUUCUAUCAUCCUCGGGCUUCUAGCAGCUACAUGCAGCUUGCAGAGCGGCGUAGCAGCCCGCGCUCUAACUGUAACGACGAGGUCUACGGACAUUACCUGCGGAGGCCAAUUCCCAAAAGCAGGCGACGGCUUUGCCCAGCGCCCCGACGGCUGUUCAAGCUGGAGCGACAACCCGAACCAGGUGCGUGACAAGUGGGGGAGUGCAAACUUCGGAGGCGUCUGCGACGAGCACGACCGCUGCUACUACACGAUCGGCGCCAACGUCGACGGGUGCAACAGCAACUUCUGCGGUGGCCUCAGAAACGCAUGCCGUAAAGCCUAUUGCAGGAAGAUCCUCGGUGCAACGGUGUGCGAGCCCGUGACCUACGGAUCUUGUACGGCGAUUGCAGAGACGUAUUGCGCUGCAGUCAGAUCAAUGGCGGCUGGGACAUAUGCAAAAGCGCAAGACCUUCAAAAAAGAUACGACAUAUGUAUCGCGGAGAACGGUGGAAUCACCCUGCCGCCGCCUCCAGUGCUGUGUAGUAAUGGAAGGCCCGAAGGCGCAACGUGGAAAGAAAGGCCAGACGGCUUGAGAUGCACAACCACCUCAUAUGUUUGCCGCAACGGCAAAAUCACCGCGACCGGCUCGUUCCGCGCACCUAACUGCAUCGAGCAGGGCUAG